UGAAAUGCCUCAAGUCCUGCUUUCCUCCUCGUCCGUUGUAUUCAAGGAUGUGUCCUCAGCUGGCCUGGUACUGGCUUCCUCGGCUUUUGCUUUCCAGAGUGUUCAAGCUAGCCUUGUUGCUGCAGAAAGGUUGGUUCUGCUAGAAAAGGCUGUGGACGAAUUAAAAAGAAAAGAGAAAAGUUUUCACGCUCGUGCUGAUGUUGAUGCUCGAACGAUCCAAAGUCUCCGUAGCGAUAGUUCGAUUUUGACAACUCAAAUCUCAACUUUAAAAAUCCGUAUUAAGUCGUUGGAAGCGUAUGGGAGGAAAAAGAAACAAGAGGUCA